UCCAAUGUCUGCCCCAAACGAAAAGCUCACUGCAGAUGCGGACGCUCCAGCACGCCUAGAAGUCCCAAAUUCAGGAAAUGGCUCCACAGAGGACGACAUUCCCGAGAGGCAACGAAGCAAAUCAGUGGAUAUUCCUCGUCAGAAGAUGAUCAACCAACUCAAGUCUGAAGGUGGAUUCCGUACUCAUUUUGUGGUCAAUCAUGCUGAUGAUGUGCCAUCAGAUGAAGCUCGUCCCAAUGUCAAACGUCGUCCACGUCCAAUGUCCCGUGGUACCAGCUACAAGUCCUUUGUUUAUAGUGUUAAAUCCAACCGAAAGUCCUUGGCUCGUACUCUUUCAUCCUACUCUACUUCAUAUAGCCAUUUUGCAGGAGAGAACUGGGUGGAGGAUGAUGAAGUGCCUGGUCUGGCAGGUUUGACGGCCGAAGAGCUGGCUCUUAGUGAGGCUGAAAAAGCAGAAAUGCGACGACCUGAGCGAACGGCAUCGUUUGGAAAAGCUAUGUUCAUGUUUCUGAAGGCGUUCAUCGGAAGUGGAUUGAUGUUCCUUCCCAAAGCUUUCGAGAACGGCGGUUUGGCGUUUUCAAUCUGUCUAAUGGUUUUCAUCGCCGCAAUUUGUCUAUUCGCUUUCCUUCGCCUGGUCGAGACUCAAUUACAAGUCGGUGGUUCUUAUGGUGACAUGGGUGCUCGUCUCUGGCCCACCAGGGGUGGAAGUAUUUUGCGCAUCACUGUAUUGUUCUUCAUCUGUAUCUCUCAAAUGGGCUUCGUGGCAUCCUACACCAUUUUCAUCUCUCAAAACUUGUACGACGUAGUCAAUGCUCUAAGCAACUGUGCUUCUCCCAUUCAAGAAAGGUAUUACAUCUGGAUGCCGCUAGUCAUUAUCAUACCUUUCGCUAUGAUUCGACGAAUUGCCAAGCUUUCAUUUGCUGCCAUUGUGGCCGAUGUCCUCAUCUUAUACGGCAUUAUCUGUGUGAUCUAUUUCACUAGCGACCAGCUCUAUCAUAAUGGCGUUGGUCCUGGAAUUACUCUCAUUAAUCCUACCAACUUUGCUCUUAUGAUUGGUACUGCUACCUUCUCGUUCGAAGGCAUCGGUUUGGUUAUCCCUAUUGCCGAAGCUAUGAAGGAACCUGAGAAAUUCCCUAGGGUCGUCAUCAUCGGUAUGGCUAUUGUCACUGGCAUCUAUAUCUUAAUUGCCACCUUGGGCUACUUGGCAUACGGUGAGCUUGUCCAAGCGGCCGUUAUUGCCAAUUUACCUCAACCCAGCAACCUUACUGCAUCUGUCCAGAUUUUGUAUUCCCUGGCCAUCAUUUUGAGCGCUCCGUUCAUGUUGUUCCCUGCCAUCAAAAUCGUGGAGAAUGGAAUUUUUGGUGCCCGCCGUGGACGUCAUAGUCAAAAGAUUAAAUGGUCCAAGAAUGCACUGCGACUCAUUAUGGCGGUCAUUUGCGCAGCUGUUGCCUUCGGUAUUGGUGCUGACAACUUGGACAAAUUCGUUUCCUUGGUCGGUUGUGUUGCAUGCGUUCCUCUUUGCUUCAUUUUCCCUGGCCUCUUCCAUUAUAAGAUCGCCCACAACGUCAGAGACAAAAUAUUUGAUAUCAUCCUCAUGAUUUGGGGCGUUGGUAUAAUGAUUUAUACUCUAUACGUCAACAUCAACUCAUGGGUCCAUCCUGGUCCUGCUGGUGCUACUCUAGCUCCAUACUGUCCUUCAUAGUUGGACCGAUAUUGGUUACUUUUCACCUGCAGAAAAGCAUAAAAAUAUCAUAGAUGGCCAUUUGUAGGACGGUGCGAUUUUAUUAUUGCAUUUGUCUGCUACAUGUAUACCGUAAUUUCUGUUUGUACACAUAAUUUCAUGAAGAUUAAAGAAAUGAUCAACCUUAAUGCAUGCA